AAUAUUACAUUUAUUUGCAACUAUUGGGUCAAAAACACUACAUUCGAGGUUGUUGGGUGUCCGAGAUAAUAAACGGAGCAAAUACAGUUGGGUGGUGAUUCUUUUACUUUGAAACGUGAAGUCGGACGUGCGGCUCCCACGCGCUCCAGCUGACUUCACCAAGCCACCGCCAGCCCGGUCAUAUCUUCUCUCCCGUCGGGUGAGUUCAGUGCCCGCACCGCGCACCUCUCAGUCCCCGCCCGCUCGCUCCAGUUUCGUCGCACCUCAGCCACCGCCACCACCGGGGAGGGGGUUUCCGCCGGAUCGCUCGCCGAGAAGAGAGCGCCAUGGCCCGCGUGGUGGUCGAAGGGAUGCCGGAGUCGACCGGCGACGGAGCAGCCGGAGCAGGAGCAGGAGCAGGAGCAGGAGCAGGAGGCGGCGGCGGCGGAGGAGGAGGAGGAGGAGGAGGAGUGAUGAUGGUGAUGAUGAACCGGCGGAGGAGCAAAGCCAGGCGGAGAAAGCGAAAGGAGUUGUUCGGCGUCCAGAUGUGCUUUGCGGGGGCGCUGCUCGGGCUCGUCGCGGGGCUGCAGGCUGUGGCUCAGAGAGCAGGAUAUCAUGUUUCCAGCUCCGUGGUUCUGGAGGAAGCGAGGUGGGAGAGUCGUCACCUUUUACAAGAAGACAACGAGUCCAAGCUCUACCAGGAACCGGAGAAAAACUGUACUGAACCAGGAAUCCAUGAGUUCCCCAGGGAUUACUUCACCAACCAGGAGCGCGUCGAUGGAGCCGUGGGCCUGCACGUCCUCUGUGCGGUCUACAUGUUCUACGCUCUGGCGCUGGUGUGCGACGACUACUUUGUCCCCUCCUUAGAGAAGAUAUGUGAGCGUCUCCACCUGAGUGAGGAUGUUGCAGGGGCGACCUUUAUGGCAGCAGGAAGCUCAGCGCCCGAGCUCUUCACCUCCGUCAUCGGAGUGUUCAUCACUAAAGGCGACGUCGGGGUCGGCACCAUAGUGGGCUCUGCCGUCUUCAACAUCCUCUGCAUUAUAGGAGUGUGCGGGAUAUUCGCUGUGCAGACGAUACACCUCACCUGCUGGCCUCUGCUCAGAGACUCUCUCUACUACACCCUGUCUAUCUCUGCUCUCAUAGUGUUCAUAUAUGAUGAAAAAGUGGUCUGGUGGGAGGCCCUCACGCUGAUCCUCAUGUACUUCGUCUACAUUCUCAUCAUGAAGAUGAACUCCCACGUCGUCCGUUUCCUGGAGAGGCGAAAGAAGAGCUCGUCCAGCCUGAGGAACGGAGCGGCCAACAACGCCGAGCUGGACGACGGCUGCGAUGCCACGGCUGUGCUUUUAAAGAAAGCGAAUCACCACAGGAAGCCGUCCGUGCUGAUGGUGGAUGAGCUGCUGUCUGCGUACCCCCCGCUGACUUUCUCCGAGGCCGGCAUGAGAAUCAUGAUCACCAGCCACUUCUCCCCCAGAACCCGCCUCACCAUGGCCUCGCGGAUGCUCAUCACCGAGAGGCAGCGUCUGAUCAACACUCGGACUCUGACCAACGGCGACUCCGACGUCCCCGUGAAGGGAGGAAGCAGGCGGAGCAUAGAAAACGGGCUGUCCGGGGCGGAGAGGCGCGCCAACGCUCGGCACGACGACCGCGAGGCCGGCAACGAGACGGAGAACGAGGACAACGAGAACAACGAGAACGACGAAGAGGAGGAGGAAGACGACAGAGAGGGGCCCUUUGUGCCCUUCCAGUGCCCAGCUGGAGUGUGUAAUAAGAUGAAGUGGCUGCUGGCCUGGCCUCUGUGUCUGCUGCUGUUCUUCACCGUCCCCAACUCGGCCACGCCUCGCUGGGAGAACUGGUUCAUGCUGUCCUUCAUCGCCUCCACCCUGUGGAUCGCCGCCUUCUCCUACGUCAUGGUCUGGAUGGUGACAGUGAUCGGCUUCACGCUCGGCAUCCCGGACGUCAUCAUGGGCAUCACCUUCCUGGCGGCCGGCACCAGCGUCCCCGACUGCAUGGCCAGCCUCAUAGUGGCACGGCAAGGGAUGGGAGACAUGGCGGUGUCCAACUCCAUUGGCAGCAACGUGUUCGACAUCUUGGUGGGACUCGGCCUCCCCUGGGCCCUCAAGACCCUGGCUAUCAACUAUGGCUCGGAUAUCAAACUGAACAGUAAAGGACUGAUCUUCUCGGUGGGUCUCCUCUUGGCCUCUGUGUUCAUGACGGUUCUGGGAGUUCACCUCAACAAGUGGACGCUGGACAAGCGCCUGGGCUUCACGUGUCUCCUCCUCUACUCCGUCUUCCUGUGCUUCUCCUGCCUCAUCGAGUACAACAUCUUCACCUUCGUCAACCUGCCGACCUGCCGGGACGACUGAGGCGCACGCGCUCGUCCACGCACACCCACACACGCCGCACACACACUCGUACAGGAAGUAUCGAUAUCUGGUGGCGUCCGACGGAAGACUGACAACCGGGGGAGGUCCAAUUCUAAAUCUGACGAGUAAGGAUCGAUUGCAAAAUACCGUUUUGGCACCAAUCUGAUUCGCGCUCCUUCCUGCUCUUCUGUCUCUUUUGCGGAAGAGAUCCCGCUCUGCUAUUUCUUCUGUUUUUUCUCGGUGCAAUAUGAAGCCGCUCUGGUGUUUGCUCCUAACCAGACCAGAGCGAGGGACGGAUUAAGCAGAAGUGGAAUGAACUGACUGACGAAGGACACACACACACACAACCACACACACACAAAAAAAACUCUUUGUCCAACUACUGCUCACUCCUUAUAUGAGGACCUUUUUAUUUUGAAACUCCUUGUACUUUGGGUGUGAUGUUUUCUAGCUGCUAACCUUUCCCUGACAGGAAAGGUAGGUCUUUUAGAUCUACUAGUUGAGAGUAAUAAUGAUUAAAAGCAAUGAUGUAGAGGGGUG